AUGCACAAGUGCAAUAUCAUCGUUGUUUUUGUUCUCACCUUUUGCGUCUCUUUCGACGCAUUAGUCAAUGCUCAACUACCUGGUGAUUGGCCACCUCCGGGUGCUAUUCCUUCCCCCAAACCCGAAUGGUUAGAUCUUGUAGAUCUGAGUAAAGUGGCUGAUGCUCCGGUAGCAACAUCCGAGUUGGCUAACUGCAACGAUGACCAGUGGUGUACGUGGCAAUGUACUGGGUGCGUUGGGCCAAAUGAUAUUGUACACUGUCCUGAGAGUGGAGAUUGGGGGCUUACAUUUGAUGAUGGUCCUUCAGAGAAUACCCCAAAGCUCUUGGAUGAACUCGACUUGUUGGAUACAAAAGCGACUUUUUUCGUCAUUGGUUCACAGGUGGUUCAAUUUCCUGAUAUAUUGAAAAGAGCCGUAGAUGCUGGUCAUGAAAUUGGUCUUCAUACGUGGACACACCCACAUCUUACCCAACUCACCACAGAGCAAGUUAUCGCAGAACUUAAAUGGACCGAACUAGCAAUCAAGACUGCAGUUGGCGUAACGCCCAAGAUUAUACGACCACCAUUUGGUGAUUACGAUGACAGGAUAAGAGACAUAGCGGCUCAAUUAGGAUAUAGAAUAGUACUCUGGGAUCUAGAUACAGAAGACUAUUUACAACAAGACAACAGCACUUUUGAUCCUACAGAAUUAAGCAACUUGUUUAAAGGCUGGGUUAAACUGAAUACAACAAAUGGACACGUUUCUUUAAACCACGAUCUUUUUCUUCCAGGAAUCAUAGCUACUCCAGAGAGUGUUAACAACAUUAAAGCAGGAGGGUUUACACUCAAACCGGUGUCAGAGUGCAAUGGUCUCCCUCCAUACUUGGAAUCUGAUCCGGUUGGAAACGCAACUACUACUGAUAACAGUACCUAUAAUGCAGGGACCAGCACUACGUCUACAUAUCCGACAAGUGUAGAUGCUGCAGCAACCGAUAUCACUGGAACUGCAUCAGCGGCUGACGGACCAAUUGCCACCGAUCUUUCCCAGUCAAAUAUUUCGGCAGCAACAUCAAUAUAUUUAGUCUACGCUCGAUUAUUGUUAUUAAUAACGUUGGCAGUUAGCUCGGCAAUGCUUGUGCUCUGA